UUUUAGAUAAUCUUGCCGCCGCAUUGCCACAAUAAUAAAGUUAAUAUUAUGCUAUUACGAUUCACGAUAUUGUAGAAAACGGAACGUUUUUUGAAAUGUACAUAGAGUAUUAUUAAAUAGUGGAAUUUACUAAACGACUUGUAUUCGUUUAAUAAAUUAUAUUGUUUGUACUCAAUUUUUGAUUAUUACUUGUUUUAGCCUGUUAUUCUGUGUUCGAGUACAUAAGUUAUUUAGUAAUGGCAUUAGAUUUGAAUCAAAUACCAGCUUUACCAGCCAAAACUACAUUUGUUUUACACCUCAUAUUAAUAACUUGGGGUGUACAAGGACGAUGGAGUCCAGACUCUUAUCUUUUUUACAAUAUAAUAUUCUUAGGCUGCGUGUUGUGGGCAAUGCAUCUAACAGAAAAUGAAAAACCAGCACAGCUAGCUAUUUCUGUAAAUCUUGCAACAGUUUGUUUAGACAUCGUUACUAUUUAUUGUUAUUUUCCCUCCUCAUUUUGGUUGUCGGAAAUAUUCAGUGUAAUUUGUGCCUUGGCAAAUUUGGUCCUGCGUUUUGUAACACUAUCUGUUCUUAGUCGAAUGUGUAUAGACAGUAGCAACGGAGCUACUGAUGGUAUACCACCUCCCUUACAAAAUUAUAUAAGUAGAGGAACUGCUAACCCACAAACAUACGAAGACAUUGAUCAGCCUGCACAACAACAGCAAGCUCCAAGCAAUGCACCUUUUUUUACACCUUACCGUUAAAGACUACAAAGUUAUUUUAAUUCAAUUUAUGUUAUGUUAGUUGUACUAACAUAAUGUUUGAAAACUGUUGUACAAUUCGGAAAAAGUCUCAUUAUUGUGUCAUAAAUUAAAAUGUUGUUUUAAACUAGUUAUUUUAAUAA